AUGUAUCGAAAUUACCAUUUUGAUAUAUCAAAAAUUUUCAUUCUAGUGGCUCCUCUUGAAACUAGGCUUUUUCUUCAUAUAGGAAUAAUGAUAUUUAGAAAUUGCAUAUCAAGUCCUUAUUUCAAGCUACAAAAACAAUUUAUACUCUAUUUUGACAGCAAUUGAAGUGAUACAUGUUUAGGCCUUUGUGAUAGAAGAUUUAACUUGACUGAAAGAAAGCUCAAAUUUGAACAGCUUCAAUUGUGAUUGAAAUCUUGACCGUUGUGGCUUUGUUCCUGAGACUAUCAUUAUGAAUUCUCAGAAGAAUGAUUAGUCAGCUUAAGAUUCUUUUUGAAGUAUCAUACUGAGUUUUAUUUUAAAAAUUUAUUUUAUUCAAAGUUUUGGGACUUUGAAAAAUAUAUAUUAUCUUUUGGAAAUUCCUAA